GGCUCAACAGCGGGCACCGCGUCAUCUGACAAGACAGUGGGCACCAAGUCACCAGGCACGACAGUGGGCUCUGACUCAAUUGGCACAACAGCGUGCACGGGUCAUCAGGUACCGGAUUGUCUGGCUCGACAGCGGGCAUCGGGGUCACCAGGUAUGACAGCGGGCACUGGGUCACCAGGCAUCAGGUCAUUUGGCUUGCCAGCGGGCACCGCGUCAUCUGGCAAGGCAGUGGGCACCGGUCACCAGGCAUUGGAUCGUCUGGCACGACAGCGGGCAUCGGGUCACCAGGCAUCAGGUCAUUUGGCUCGCCAGCAGGCACCCGCGUCAUCUGGCAAGGCAGUGGGCACCGAGUCACCAGGUAACGACAGCGGGCUCUGAGUCAAUUGGCACGACGGCGGGCACCGGAUCAGGUACCGGAUCAUCUGGAUCAACAGCGGGCAUCGAGUCAACUGGC